UAUUCUUCUAACAGUACAUAAACUCAUGUGUUGUUAGAAUUGUCAGAUUUGAUCACAAAUUUUAUAAAUUGUAUGUUUGCUAUAACUAAGUGAUAACUGUUUGUUGAUAAUAAAAAAAAUGACCGACAAAUACAAUUCAUUUAUUCAGUCUAAAAAUGGUCAACUUCUUCGGGCCGCUUUUGCCGAGUUUCUCGGCACUGGACUACUGGUCAUAUUUGCUUGCGGCGCCUGUGUGACCGCCAGCAGUACGUUGACCAUAGCUGUCGGKUUUGGUCUAACACUAAUGUGUUUGGCCGUCAGUUUUGGGCACAUUUCCGGUUGUCACGUAAACCCGGCCGUUACGGUCGGUCUAUUGGUCGAUGGAAAGGUAGACAUAGUUAAUGCCAUUACUUAUUUGAUUGGCCAGUUUGUUGGCGCUGUGGUUGGCGCCGCUGUACUAAAGGGCAUAUUACCCGAGGCUACGUCCAAAAUCAGUCUAUGCGAGUGCGGUCUCAACGGUGUCGAUCCAUUUCAGGCCAUUAUUAUAGAAGCCGUCAUUACUUUUGUGUUUGUUUUAGUUAUCGUUAACGUUGUUGAAUCCAAUCCAACUUUGGCACCACUGGUUAUAGGKCUGGCCCUAACCACUGGACAUUUGCUUGCUGUACCGCUUACCGGUGCAUCAAUGAAUACGGCCCGUGCUUUUGGACCAGCGCUCAUCCGUAACAAAUGGGACGCACACUAUGUUUAUUGGGUGGGACCAUUGAUUGGCGGAACAUUGGCUGGUGCUGUCCAUCGAUUCAUAUUAAUGGACACUUCGGUACCAAAUAGGAAAUCCUUGGGAAAACCUAAAGGAGACACUCAAGAGGCUACCAAUGUUUAG